AUGGAGUAUCGAACUCGUUUAAAUGCUACAGUUGACUGUAUUCGUUUUCUUCUAAGGCAAGGACUUACAUUUCGUGGUCAUGAUGAAUCCUAUGAUUCAAACAACCAAGGGAAUUUUCUCGAGCUUCUACAAUUUCUUGCUAAUCAUAAUGAAGAUUACAAUGUUGUUGCUUUGAACAAUGCUCUUGAUAAUCUCAAAUUGACAUCACCUGAGAUUCAAAAUGACAUUGUAAGUGCUAUCAUUAGAGAUUUAGCAGAUUCAUUAUUCGCUAUGAUGAUUGAUGAAUCUCGUGAUAUCUCUAGGAAUGAACAAAUGGCUAUUGUCUUACGUUAUGUUAACAAGAAUGGACUUGUUGUGGAGUGUUUUCUAGGUGUUGAACACGUUACUAGUACCACAACUCUCUCACUCAAGGCAACACUAGAUAAUUUCUUUUCAAGGCAUGGGUUGAGUUUUUUUAGACUGCGAGGACAAGGUUAUGAUGGAGCUAGUAAUAUGCAAGCAGAAUUUAAUGGUUUGAAGACAUUGGUUUUGAAAGAGAAUGGAUGUGCUUAUUAUAUUCAUUGUUUUGCCCAUCAACUCCAUGCUUCGUCAAAGCGUUGCGAUCUUCUUAGAGAUAAGCAAGCCUGUAAAGUUAUUGAAGCUCUUUCUAAUGGUGAACUUUCAAGUGGAAAAAGUCUCAAUCAAAAGGCUAUUAUUCAACGUGCUAGUGAUACACGUUGGGGCUCGCACUAUGGUAUAUUUGGCUUUACAAAUGAACUUUCUCAAGCACUACAAAAAAAAGAUCAAGAUAUUGUAAAUGCUAUGAAUUUGGUUGAAGCAUGUAAGCAAGCUUUACAAUUGAUGAGGGAUAAUGGAUGGGAGACUUUAUUAAGCAAAGUUUAUUCUUUUUGUGCCAAUCAUGAUAUUGAUGUUCCUAAUAUGGAUGACAAGUUUUUUAUUCAAGGGCGAUCACAACGUAAGGCUCAAGAUAUGCAGCUUGAAGAGUUGAAUAAUCGUCUCAAUGAGGUAAACACUGAAUUGCUUAUUUGUUUGGCAUGUUUAUGUCCAAAUGAAUCGUUUGUUGCUUUUGAUAAACAGAAAUUGAUACGUCUUGCCGAACUUUAUCCUGAUGAUUUUUCUUACUUAGAACUCAUGACACUUGACUCUCAACUUGAUGUUUACAUUUUGGAUAUGCACUCUAAUAUCAAAUUUAUUGGAUUGAAAGGGAUUGGAGAUCCGGCAAAAAUGAUGGUUGAAACUAAGAAGGAUAGAGUUCUUGAAGCUCUUACUACAACCAUAGAAGAGCCUGAAGAAGGAGUCACGGCUCAACAUAGACGAGACCGUGCAGCUUAUGACAUAUGGAAGAAGAAGAAUUCCACUGCUCGCAUUACUUUGUUGAGCAGCAUGGACAAUGAUCUCAUGAAAAAGUACUGGGAUUACAAGUUAGCAAAGGACAUGUGGUCUACCUUUGCUACAAAGUUUGGUGGUAUGUCCAUUACCAAACUCCGGUCACUCACUAUCAAGUUUGACACAUAUAAAAAGAAGCCUGAACAUAAUAUGAGAGUACAUUUACGGCAUUUGUCAAACAUGAUAAGUGAGUUGAUAGAUGCAGGUCAUGUCCUAACUGAUGAACAACAGGUUCAAGCUGUUAUAAGAUCAUUGCCUCAAAAUUGGGAACAUAUGAAAAUACACCUUACCCACAAUGAGGGCAUCAUAAAUUUAGAAGAUGUCAUAUGCCAUUUGGAACUUGAAGAAGAUCGCCUUAAUGCGAGUAAGGCAAAUACUGAUGUGUAUAUGGCUGGUUCCAGUUCACAUGAUUCAAGCCAGCAACACGACCACAAGCGAAAAGACAGGAGUGUUUGUCGUGGAAUUUCAACGAAUGCCACAGGAAACAAAUGGAUAUAUGUAGGUAACAAUUUAAAAGUGGAAGUUAAAGGGAUCGGCACAUGCAAAUGA